GAGGCUGGUUCCCUGCUUGUUCGUAUUCUUGAGCUGAACCCUGAACGCAGCAUCGUUCAGUAAUCAUGGCGCCGGCCAAAAGACGCAACGUGAGUUCGGCAAAAGCUGCAAAACAACGUAUAAAAACAGCUAAAAUUGACCUAAACGACAGAGUCGAGCUUAUACUUCAAAGCAGAAAACACGCCAACGACGUUUUUGACGUCCUCGAGGGCCUUCAGUCGGAACAAGAGAAGGAUGUUGUCAAUGCUAUCGAUGCCUCCAGCAAGUUGUUCUGCACCUUGGUGGAGAGAACGGAGCUGUUCAGGGGGAAGCUGCCCGAAGAGGAGGAGGCGUUGAAGGGAGGAUACAGCGCUGAGGAAAAGUACAGCAUCUUCAUGAGACACCGGUACCACAGCUGCGUGGAGAUGCUCCUGGAGCACCUCAGCAGCGAAGCUUACGGCGUCAGGGAGAGUGCUUUAUGCAGCCUGAUGAAGUUUGCAGCAGCAGUAGGACAGCAUCCGCUUGAGGACUUGGACUGGAGUGAACAUUACAGCUUCCCAAGAGAACUCAUACAGACAGUGGUGGACAGGCUGUUGUGCAAAACUACAGACAACUCCCUGCUGAUCUCGAGGUUCCAAGAGUUCCUUGAGCUGGAGGAUGUCCGCUAUUAUGUCAUGAGUUCUGUUCGUGCGAGUGUGGCCACUGUCAUGGAAAAAAACAAAGGGGCAGAGAUGUCUUUGUAUCAGAACAACGUGUUCAGUCUUAUGUCCAAUAUCAGCAUGCCAAGUAAGGAGUCUGACCUCAGCAACUUUAUGGUUAAACAAGCAGCCAAACAUGAGGACUGGAAAGCUGCUAAACUGCAUGAACACAAGCGUGCUUUUGAGAGGAUGUGGCUUGGUUUUCUCAAGUAUAAGCUGCCAAGCAAAAUGUACAAAAGUGUCCUGGUGGUCCUCCAUGACUCCAUUUUGCCUCACAUGAGUCAACCCACACUUAUGAUCGACUUCCUGACUGCUGCUUAUGAAAUUGGUGGGGCAGUUAGCCUGCUGGCCCUCAAUGGCCUUUUCAUCCUCAUACAUCAACACAACCUAGAUUACCCUGAUUUCUACAAGAAGUUGUAUAAUCUUCUCGAGCCCUCCAUUUUCCAUGUGAAGUACAGGGCACGCUUUUUCCACCUAGCUGACAUCUUCCUCAGCUCCAGCCACUUACCAGUGUACCUGGUGGCUGCAUUUGCCAAACGCCUGGCUCGCUUGGCUCUCACCGCACCACCUACUGCGCUCCUCAUUGUGCUGCCCUUCAUCUACAACCUGAUCCGUCGCCACCCGUCCUGCAGAGUCCUCAUUCACAAGCCCAGCACAGAGGACGAGUCUUUGGAAGACCCAUAUGUCAUGGAUGAAGAGGAUCCUGCUCAGUGUCAUGCAUUAGACAGCAGCUUGUGGGAGAUCAUGACAUUACAGAAGCACUACCAUCCAGAUGUGGCCAAAGCUGCUAUGUUGAUUAGGAGACCCCUGUCAGUACAAGAAGAUGACAUCGGUGAGGUGCUAGAGACAACAACAUAUGAGCUGAUGGAGAGGGACCUGAAGAUCCAGACCAAGAACAUCCCUCUGGAGUUUGAAACUGCCGUACAGUUACUGCAGGGAGGGGGUGACGCAUUGGGACAGAACUUCUGUCUGGAAUAAAUGAACAGACUGGAAUGAUUUUGUGUUUUUUAUUUGAGCGACCAGUUCAUCUGUUAAGGUGGACAAAUUAUGGACAGACCUCCCUUCAUAAAACAUAUCAAGAUACUUCUGGAGUACGUUGUGCAACAGUUGUGACAAUUGUGGAUCAAUAAAACAUAUCAAAGUCCA